GUCGGGAACCAUUCUGGCGGGCCGCUGCAGGUCGAGGGCACGUCAGCCGCGGGCAGUGCCGCCUGUUGCUUGGCUAUUUGUCCACCGCUCACCCACCCUUUAUUUGGAAGUUUAUGACUUCUUUUUCUUGUUUGGCCGGCUGUGCGCUGCCACCCAAGUACAAGCGCUGCUCGCCCGUUCUCGUCCCUCGCUCUUUUGCGCCGCUCGAGCUACAGUGGAGAUUCUUUGGGAGGAUACUCACUGGUGCAUUCCGCGAAGGCUGCCUCUCGCGCCGCUUGGUUCUGCGUGGGAUGUUGAGCUACGAUGAAAAGCUCCGAACGCAAUUGUUAACGUCACAUCUACAUACGAGGCUUGUCAGCAUUCUCUGGACACGGGUGUUUUCGCUGCAUCCGGUGCGCAUCGAAAAUCGUAUGUUGCGUGCGUAUAUCAAAUACAAUGCUCUGCGUAGCGACGUCGUCGAUGGAAAAACAAUGCCUCAGCCUGACGCACGAGCUAUUUCGAUCCAAGCUGCAUGCGGAGCAUUGGCCGAGCAUGCAAGACAAGGCACGAUGAGCCGGGUUGAGGUAUGCACGAUUAAUUGAAGGUAGAAUCAUUCCUUUUUCCUGCUUACUCUGUACAGUUAGCUCCACGGCGAGCAAAAAGCAUUCAACUCCCGUCACACACAUAACGCCACACCGCGGAAUCCAAUCCC